AUGGAGAUUCUAAAGGUGAAGGGCCCGUUGCGAGUGUGCGCCCCGAUGGUGGACCAGAGCGAGCUGGCCUUCAGAAUGCUCGUGAGGGGGUAUGGAGUCAACCUGGCCUACACCCCCAUGCUGCAUGCCAAGAUGAUGGUCACGCAUAAGAAAUACGUGAAGGACAAUUUUGCGACCUGCGAGGGUGACCAUCCCCUGGUGGCGCAGUUUUGUGGGGAUGACCCGGAUACCUUGCUAAGGGCGGCCAGGAUGGUCGAGGGGGAGGUGGAGGCAGUGGACCUCAACAUGGGCUGUCCGCAGGCCAUCGCCAAGCGCGGGCACUACGGCGCGUAUCUGCUGGAGGAGCCUGAGCUGAUCGAAAACAUCGUGAGGACGAUGGUCAAAGGCCUGACCGUCCCAGUCUUCUGCAAAAUCAGGAUCCUGCCUUCCUAGGAAAAGACCCUGGAAUUGGCCAAGAGGAUCGAGGCGGCCGGCUGCAGUCUGCUGACCGUGCACGGCAGGACCAAAGAGAUGAAUAAGGACAGGGUUGGACAAUGCGACUGGACGAUCAUCCGGAAGAUCAAAGAAAGCUUGGCGAUUCCGGUGGUGGCGAAUGGAGGGGUCUAGCGCUACGAGGAUUAUGAGAGGUGUCUGGAUGAGGCGGGUGUUGAUGGCGUCAUGAGUGCAGAGGGGUUGUUGGCCAACCCUGCCAUCUUCACACCUGAAGGGUACAGCAAAGACCUGGACGAGCUGGUGGCCGAAUACCUGCAUCUGGCCGAACUACAUCGUGCCAACACCUCGUCAAUCAAAGGUCACCUCUUCAAGAUGCUCUUCAAAGGGCUCAACCACCACACCGACCUUCGAGACAGGCUGGCAAAGGCUACCAGCCUAGCCUAGUUCAAGGCUAUCGCAGAGCAGCUGAAAGAAAGAAGGACGGACAUCCCACCCGAGCAGAAGCAUGGAUGGUACCGCCGUUACUUCCCAAAGGAGUGA